CAGCAGCUACAACCUCAACAGUACAACAGCCCCACAGGAGAGAUCAAGGACACUUCGCUUCUACAUCUGCCAGGUGCCUUGCCGAUAUUCUCUACCUACUGGAUUCCCUUCAGGAUGGUUGGAGUAACAUGGCUACUGUUGGGCGCGGCGCUACCACUGUUUUGGGCAUAUUCGUGGUGUAGACACAGAUACUGGACAAGUAAAGGUGUGCCCACUCCGCCUGUGGUCCCCUUCCUCGGUCAUGCGCAUAAGUUGUUUAUCCCAGCUAAAAUGUGUGACUUUGAAAAAGAGGCUUACUUCAACUAUGGUGGAUCAAAGUUCUGCGGUCUCUACUCCUUCCACGAGCCAAUGUUAUUUGUGGGCGAUCCAGAACUUAUAAAGCAUAUUUAUGUAAAGGACUUUGACCAUUUUAUGGACAGAAGGCCCAUAGACAUCGCGAGCGAGAAGGACAAAGUAAUGGCCAACAUGUUAUCUCUGAAGACAGGCGAAGAGUGGAAGAAACUGAGAGCCAUCAUGUCUCCCACUUUCACUUCAGGCAAAAUGAAGGGGAUGUUCCCGCUCGUGUGCAAAAAGGCCGACCAACUCGUCUCCUUCUGCUUGAAGGAAGCACGCACGAAGCCUUUUGUCGACAUGAAGUAUAAUUUUGGCCGCUUCACCAUGGACACCAUUGCUUCCUGUGCCUUUGGUAUUGAAUGCAAUUCACUAGUGGAUGAAAAGCCAGAAUUUGCUGAAAAGGUUGAUACUUUUUUCAAAGUUACACCAGGAAUGAUAUUGAAACUUGUUUUCCUGAGUGUAUUUCCUAAACUUGCCAAAGUAUUUAAUAUGAGAUUUUCAGUACCAGCAACUGAUUUCUUUACGGAAGUUACCCGUGAAACCAUGCGAGCGAGGCAAAGUGGAAAUAAAAGAGGAGACUUUUUGGAUCUCUUGCUAGAGGCAGAAAUCUCCACUGGCGAUGCCGAAGGAGUCCCUGCAAUGCAAGACAAUAUCUCAUCCAAGUCUAAGCAAAAACUGGAUGAACUUACCAUCAUCUCCCAAAGUGUCAUGUUCCUGGUCGCCGGUUACGAUACCACGGCCUCCACGCUGGCCUUUGCGUCCAUCCUACUUGCCAAGCACCCAGAGAUCCAGCAACGCCUUCGUCAGGAGAUCAGUGAAAUGGUCGAGGAACACGGCGACAUAACCUACCAGGGGAUUAUGGAAGCCAAAUAUCUUGAUGCUUGUAUCAUGGAAACCCUUCGUAUGUUCCCACCGGGGCUUUUCCUGGAGCGGAAGUGUGUAAAAGAAUACAAGAUCCCCGGAACGGACGUGACCAUCGAACCUGGCGUAAUAGUGAUAACCCCGAUCUUCAGCAUUCACCGGGAUCCGAAGUACUGGCCUGAGCCCGAGGAAUUUCGCCCCGAACGCUUCCUGCCGGAGAACAGGGCGAACAUCACCAACCUCACGCACAUUCCCUUCGGAAUCGGACCCAGGAACUGUAUAGCGAUGAGAUUUGCCCUCAUGGAAGCCAAAGUGGGUCUGGCCAAGAUGCUCCUUGCCACAGGCAUAAAGUUGGCACCAGGGCACGAAGAAAUUAAAUUUGACCUUGGCUUUGGGUUGUUGAGACCAAAAGACGGGGUUAACCUUCUAUUGACACCU